UCACAAAGAGCUAAAAGAAGAGAGAGAGAGAGAGAGAGAGAUUUAGUAGCAAAAGCAAGAAGAAAGAAGAAGAAGCAGAAGAAGAAUCAAAAGAAGAUGGGGAGAGCACCAUGCUGUGAGAAGAUGGGGUUAAAGAAGGGUCCAUGGACGCCUGAAGAGGAUCAAGUCUUGAUCUCUUACAUCCAGAGGAAUGGCCAUGGAAAUUGGAGAGCUCUUCCCAAGCAAGCUGGACUCUUGAGAUGCGGGAAGAGUUGCCGGCUUCGAUGGAUAAAUUAUCUGCAGCCUGAUAUAAAAAGAGGAAAUUUCAGCAGGGAAGAGGAGGAAACGAUCAUCAAGUUGCACGAAAUGCUCGGAAAUAGGUGGUCAGCUAUUGCAGCAAGAUUACCGGGGCGCACGGACAACGAAAUAAAGAAUGUGUGGCACACACAUUUGAAGAAGAGGCUCAAGCAAAAUCAAGUCACGCCUGCGAUGACAACGACUAACGGCGAAUCAUACGAUUUUAGUUCCACGAUAAAAACCGAUCCAUCGCAUUCCUCUAAGCCGACGAUACCUGGAUUGUUGGAAAGUCCAGUCCGUGCCCCGACAUCGCCUCAACCUUCUUCGAGCGAAAUAUCCUCGGUCACAAGUGCUUCGACAUCCACACAGAUUGGAGGGGCGAACGAUGUCAAGAUCAAGAACGAGGACACGGAAUGUUCCAUGGAGUCGUUCCCUUUAAUAGAUGAGAGUUUUUGGUUGGACGAAUCAGGGUUUCUACCCGACGAUUACUCGAGCAACUUGUCCGAACUUUCUGGCUUCAACUUAGAUACGCAAACUCAAAAUACGGUGGCUCCGAUGGCUAAUAAUGUGCAAGAAUGGCCUAGUGAUCAUGGUCUAAGCCAUGUCGAUAAUGGAAUGGACUUUUGGUACGAUCUUUUCAUAAGAGCCGGGGGUGCUGAAGAAUUGCCAGACUUCUGAAGGGACUGUGCUUUGGCGGCUAGAGAAAAUUUGGAAUUAUGUGGGGUAUUAAUUUUUUUUUCUCCUUUGACCGUUAAAAUGGGAAGGCAACCAUUUCUCCAAUGUGGGGCAACGAUGUUGCUUCUCAAGUCCAAUAGCUGCCCGGCAAGCCAAAAGAGAAGGGAGGCCUCUUGGAUUGAAUUCUAUUCAACACAUUGGAGUUACCACUAGUUGACUUUUAUAGUGGGAGGACACAAAAGUUGACCUAGGAAUAGGAUUCGAUAGGGUGUUUUGAAAGCAUGUGUUGUUUUUCAAUUUUCAUUGAUGAUAGAUUUAGCAUCUGACAAUUUCAUUCAGAUUUGUUCUCCUUUCCGAACAAGAUUGACUAUAACUAGGUUCAAUACCAGAAAUAGUGGAGUAAAUUCUUUGGGUUUUCUUUUACCCAAGUGUGAUAUUUUGAUUCCUGAAACUAGCUGGGUACAUGCUUUUGUAGUUUCUCUAUCUUUUCGUUCGUGUGUACACGUAGGUAAAGUUUCAUCUAUGGGCAGGAUAUCU